UGACACACAUAAACACAUGGCCGUACGAAUGAUUUUACUGUGGUAAAUUUUUUGGGAAGAAGUAUAGAGCUUUAUACAAAUUCACGCCAACACGCAAUGAAAGUUAAAGUCCUCUCCAGGAAUCCGGACGACUAUGUCCGUGAGACGAAGUUGGAUAUCCAGCGUGUACCAAGAAAUUACGACCCGUCCCUCCAUCCGUUCGAGGUGCCAAGAGAAUACACCCGUGCCCUGAAUGCGACCAAGCUGGAGCGCGUGUUCUCCAAGCCGUUCCUGGCUUCUCUGGACGGCCACAGGGAUGGGGUGAACUGCAUGGCCAAACACCCCAAAAGCCUCUCCACAAUUCUGUCCGGCUCCUGCGAUGGAGAGCUGAAGGUGUGGAAUCUCACCAAACGUGAGUGUGUUCGCACACUCCAGGCCCAUGAAGGCUUUGUCAGGGGGAUGGUCGUCCGCUUCUGUGGCACCUCCUUCUUUACGGUUGGUGAUGACAAGACUAUCAAACAGUGGAAGAUGGAGACUCCAGGCUACGGAGAGGAAGAGGAACCUCUCAAUACUAUUCUUGGGAAGUCUGUGUUCACCAGCAUCGACCACCACCAGAAGGAGGGUGUGUUUGUGACGUGUGGCCAACAGGUGGACAUCUGGGACGAGCAGCGCAGCAGCCCCAUCCGCUCCUUUUCCUGGGGCGUGGACAGUUUCAGCUGCGUCCGCUUCAACCCUGUAGAGACUGAACUUCUAGCAAGUUGUGCCUCUGACAGAAGUAUUGUGCUGUAUGACAUGAGGGAAGCUACACCUCUUAAAAAGGUAAUCAUGAGCAUGAGGAGCAACACUUUGUGCUGGAAUCCCAUGGAAGCUUAUAACUUCACCUGCUCUAAUGAAGAUUACAAUCUGUAUACAUAUGAUAUGAGGUACCUGGACAAGCCUUUCACCGUCCACAUGGACCAUGUCUCAGCCGUGCUGGAUGUAGACUACUCUCCAACAGGCAAGGAGUUUGUCUCGGCCAGCUUUGACAAGACCAUCCGCAUCUUCCCCAAAGACAGUGGCCACAGCAGGGAGGUGUACCACACCAAGCGCAUGCAGCACGUCAUCUCCAUAAAGUGGUCGUCAGACAACAAGUACAUCCUGAGUGCUUCAGAUGAGAUGAACAUCAGACUGUGGAAGGCCAACGCUGCUGAGAAGUUGGGAUUGCUGGCUCCUAGGGAGAAGGCAGCUGUGAACUACAGCCAGAAGCUGAAGGAUAAGUUCCAGCAUCACCCUCAGAUCCGCCGCAUCUCGCGCCACCGCCACCUGCCCAAGUCCAUCUACAGCCAGAGCAAGGAGCUGCGUGUCAUGAAGGAGGCUCGCCGCAGGAAGGAGAGGAACGUACGCAAGCACAGCAAGCCUGGCUCCAUGCCCGUGGUGACGGAGAAAGAGAAACAUGUAGUCACCGUGGUGAAAUAGAAGGAACAUGGACACCUCUGUCUCUACACACACCUGGGUCAUUUUCAGAAACACACAACUAGUGUUGCAAAAUGUCUGUAAGUUUCCCAAAAUUAUCUGGUUUUCCAGAAAUUCCAGAUACCUGGAUUUCCUGCUUAUUCCCUCCUGAUUCCAGGAAUAAUCCAAAUGGGAUUUCUGAAAAACCUGGCCAUUUGGGAAAGAUACCAGAAUUUUGCAACCCUGCACACAACGUUGUGGAUCCCUUCAGUUAUAUUCAUGACAUUAUAAUCUGCAACAUUCAGAAGGAUGCACCCUCCUGAACACAACCCUGUCUAUGACUCUGAACCCUCCUGAACACAACCCUGUCUACGACUCUGAACCCUCCUGAACAUAACCCUGUCUACGACUCUGAACCCUCCUGAACACAACCCUGUCUACGACUCUGAACCCUCCUGAACAUAACCCUGUCUACGACUCUGAACCCUCCUGAACAUAACCCUGUCUACGACUCUGAACCCUCCUGAACAUAACCCUGUCUACGACUCUGAACCCUCCUGAACAUAACCCUGUCUACGACUCUGAACCCUCCUGAACAUAACCCUGUCUACGACUCUGAACCCUCCUGAACAUAACCCUGUCUACGACUCUGAACCCUCCUGAACAUAACCCUGUCUACGACUCUGAAAUAACUCAUUCCUCCUCUCCAAGGCGUAUUACAGAAGAGAAAUAUGGGUCAAUAUUGUGAAGUUUGUUGACAUAAGAGUCACAACUGUCAUGGUACAACUAAUUUCAGAUGAUGAUUUCAUUCAUGCUUUUGUUGGAACAGUGAUUUUGGGAUAUUCUUUUUGUAUUGAAAAAAUAAUACACUAGUUACCGAGAAGAUCGACAUCCGUCAAAUAUCACCAGAAAAAAUAUUUGUGUAUUUUAGAAACUUUCUUGAAAAUGUUUGGCCUCCCUACACCACCACAUACCUUCAGCAAUUGUGUAUACUGAUUCAGUAUAUAUCCUUAAAGAUUACAUGAUGCAAAGGGUUGAUUGUAUUGAUACUGUUUUUUUGUGUUUAUUAAUGCACUGCUAAUAAAGAUGUGGUAUGGUA